UUCGUUUUGAAUAAAAAAGUUUAAAAUACUUCAUAACGGUAUUAAUACAAGUAGUGAAGAAAUUCUCUUUGAUGUCAAUUUCAAUAGGUCAGUUAUAUGGAAACACCACUUAGUCGAAUUGGAGACCCGGAUAUUGGGGAUGUGAUUGUCGACGAGAUUUUUAAAGACAACCAGGUGUAUCAGUUUGUCUAUGGAAGUGUCAAUGAAAUUCAAAGAUUUUGGAAAUUUGAGGAGGGUUUGUCGGAGAAAAGAGCCAUAAUCAGAAGAUGUAUUCAUGACCACAUCUACGGCGAUGAAGAGGUGUGUGGUUCACAGCAUAGCCUUGUCCUUUCGAUUCCAGACGAUUCGCACAGAAAACCAUGCGAUGAAUUAUAUAACGGAGAUUUACUUUUGAAAUUCAGCGAAAGCCUUCAAAAGAUAUUUGCAUCUACAGAUACCUUAGUGAUAACCAAUGGUCAGAAAUCCCUGUUGACAACUCUAAUUGGCAAGAUUGUCAAUUCAAUGAAAAUCACCGAGAGGUUAUCAAGGGAGCGUCUUAACGUUGCUACAGUUGGAGUCCUUUAUGCAGAUGACAUUUGCAAUCCAGGAAAGGAAUUGUUUAUCAACGAAAAUGAACUGGACAUCAACAUCCGCAACUUGAUAGUGAUUAAAAAUGGUUCGCAAUUAGAUAUAACAGCUAUCCAAAGACUGUUGAGUAAAGAUCCUCGUGUGUCGAAGGGUGAAUUUAUUCCUGGAGUUAUGGUUUUAUUUGGCGGUGGAUUACCAUCACUAGAGCAAAUCAAAAUAGCAUAUCACAAGCACAUUCCUUUUGUGGUCAUAAAGCAAAGCGGUGGUGUUGCAGAUCUUCUGUCAGCAAUGUUUGAACGACUCCAAGCUUCAAGAACCACAACCAGAUCAAAAGAAAAGAUACUACCAGACAAAGCACAACUGAAAUCCAUUUUCACAUCAGACACUGCCGUGGCAAACGCUUCAUCUAUCCUCUCUGACUUGCUUGACAAGAUGAAUUCACAACGUGAUCUUGGUCAAAUAUGUCACAGUUUAGAUCUCCUAGGUGUCCACAUCAUCCGCGCUGCUUUGUUUGAGUGCAAGAUGGAUAAAAGGGUUUCAUCACAGCUUCUGAGCUGCAGGAUAAUAGAGAAAGGCCCCGAAAUGCUCUGUGACCUGCUUAAUGACUAUGAUGAUGAGGAUGAAAAUCCUGGAGAAAAUCUUCUCAGCCAAAUAACAUGGAAUGAUUUACUUGGUCUUUAUCGCAGACUUCCAGAUGAAGCGCAGAUAAAGUCAUCUAUGAAUUCCAAAAGUAUAACAUUUUCUGGUUUGAAUGUGGUGCUUAAAGAACUAGUACAGAAUGUUCAUUCUGGUAUUUUCAAAAUGAUAGAACUUCCAAACUCGCUCCAACAGAAUGAAAGCAAACAUGUUUCAAACAAUGCUCAUCAUAUUGUACAAGGAGGCACAUCGGCUGGGAAUGACGUAGACGUAGAACAACCAAAACAUCUGGAUAUGUUUGUAUGGUAUCUUGUUUCAGAACAGUUGCAUAUAGCCAAAACGUUUUGGGCAAAAUCCAAACAGAUGACGAUGCGAGAAUGUUUUGUGGCCAGUGGUGUACUUGACGGUUUGGAACAUAUUGUGUAUGGUUCUAAGACCUUGGAAAAACUGCAUGCAACAUCCGAAAAAUGUGUAAGCCAUGCUACAAAUCUGCUGAACGAAUGUUAUCAAUACCAAGAUAAUUCUGUACAUACCGAUAGCCGAUUGGCAGAUUUCAAUGACCCAAAGUUGUGCACAGAACUACUGCUUUUAAUGAAACCAAACGAUCACCUAUCACUGGCAUACAAACUUCACAAGACUGAAUUCUUCAGACAUCGGUCGGUUAAGGAUAUACUACAGAGGAAAUGGGUAGGCGAGUCUACGACCAAAAAGAUGCGUUUGUUGAAACUGCUUUUUCCUAUACUAUUUCUAGUCACAUUCCCCUUCGCACUACCCAUUGCAUUAUUAGUGAACGCAAGUUUCGUGACCGAAGUUGUCCACUGUUUUAAUGUACCAGUCAUAAAAUGCAUUUUUCUUUCCAUACCGUAUACAGCCUUUGUGUUGCUGCUGUCCUACGAACUGUUGGUGGACUUCUCCGCGGGAAUCAGUGCUUCAGACUACGUCCUUGUCACCUACGUUGUGUGUUAUACGAUAGAAGAAAUCAGACAAAUUAUACCAUCCUCACGGGUAAGAUGUCUGGCAUACCUCCGCAGUCAUUUUAGAUGGUGGAACCUUAUCGAUGUUUGUUGUAUUGUUUGCUUUGCGGCUGGCAUCACCCUGAAGUCCAUCGGGAUACUGGACAUAUCGAGAGUUGCUCUCGCAUUAGAUGUCACUCUGUUUACUUUAAGAGUACUUGCUUUGACUGCUGUUUCUAGAAAUCUAGGACCCAAAUUAGUCAUGAUAGGAAAAAUGUUUGCUAAUGACCUAAUACCAUUUUUGCUGAUCCUCUUCGUCUUCAUUCUCGGAUUUUCCAUCGCUGAUUACAGCUUGCUGCAUCACGAUUCCGCCUUCAGUUACAACUUGGUGGAGAAGAUAUUGAUGAGUGGAUACUGGAUACUAUAUGGCGAGAACAAUUUAGAUGAAUUUGACAGUUUCCUGUGUGACAGCGCGACGUCCACAUGUCCGUCAGACUUGGGUAUUGCCGUUGUGCCAUACAUCAGAGGAGUCUUUGCCCUCAUCAGCGUGGUGCUCUUAUUAAAUGUCCUUAUUGCUAUGUUUAACGACACCUACAGGAAAGUUCAGAAUGUGAGCUACAUGCAUUGGAUCUACAAUUACAAUGAACUGCUCACAGAAUACGAAUCCAAGCCUGUCCUCCCUCCCCCGUUCCUGGUGCUGGGUAUACCGCACACUAUUGUCUACUGCCUAGGCUGGGUCCUAAAGUGUGGAUGUUGUAGGAAAUCAGAUGAUACAACACAGAACUCCAAUAAAGGAGAAUUCAUAAAGGGUCUUCUACUUCUCAAAACAGUGUAUCUAACAUCUGGAGACCCAUACGACAUAUACCGAAAACAAGACGGCUUCCAAAAGAAACUGCAGCAGUUUGAAAGAAAGGUGAAAGAAAGAUACCGUAAAAGAUUACUACAAAAGAAAGUUCUGAGAAAAAAGAAUUAUGAAGAAAUUUCUAAGAUGGAUAGAAUUGCAUCACUCGAGUUAACAGUUUCCAAACAGCGAGAAGAAAUUGAAAAUUUGAAGAGGGAUAUGCACAUUCUCUUGGAUGUUUACAGCAAAAAAUUGAAAACGGUCACAUUUGAGUGAAGGAAUACAUCCAUUUGACCUUUUAACAAAUACAUCUAACCAAGAUUAAUAAACUUUUUUAAUUUUCAUUCCUCUUUGGAUUGUUGCUGAAAGCAAUCCAUUCAUUCUUCACUUUAGUAAGAUAUAUAUCAAGGAUUGUUAAACGUAUCAUUUUUGCAUGUACAUGGGUUUUUUAACAAUGAACAAUAAAUCAUACAAUAUCAAUCAAUCCACUGAGGUUAUAUGCAAGUCAACUUUAUCACUGACCCUUUUGCACCCAGUAAGAGAGUACUGCACAGGACUUCCCUUCGGCUGGAAAAAGCUCAAGUCCUCGAUAAUUUUCUGUAACAGGUCAGCUGAUGGCACAACCUUUUUAUAACGCAAGUUCUGCUUGACACAUUGCUCAAUAUGCAUUUUAUUCAGAGGUAAAAAUGGAAUGUACACAUCAAUGAGAUUUUCUUUGUGUAGUUCAUAGUACCACUCUUUUUCAGAAUUCUGAAGCAAAACAGAAUGCAAUUCCUCAUGGGUCAAGUCUUCUCUUUUCCUUCCUGCUGAUAUUUCGGAGAACAGGAAAUUGUUAAUUUCUGUUCCUCUUGAAUUGCUGAGGAAAAUGAACAUAACCCACUGAUUGUCAAAUUCCUUGUUUUUCAGUGAAAUUAACACCGAUCUUAACCCUUUGAUUAAUGACGGUGGUGCUUUAUCCAUUUCAUCAAAUAUGAACACAUUGAAUCGACAGUAUCUAAUAUGAUUUCUUAUUGAUUUUGAA